UUACGCUGCAGAUGCUGUACAAGCUGAAGACGUCUAAGGUGUUUGAGAACCCCAAUGCGGGUGAAGGCCGGGCGGUCGAGCAGGUAGAGGAGGACCCUUACGCCAUUCAGAUGGUCCGCUGGUGCCCGCAGAGCCGUCUCUUCUGUGUGGUGGGCAUCUCUGCCCACGUCAUCCUCUACCGCUUCAGCAAAAACGACGCCAACGCAGAGAUAGUGUCUCUGGAAGUGCGUCUGCAGUUUCAUUCAGAGGACGUUGUCUCCCUGUCAGAGACAGACCCGUGUUUCUCAGACCCCAGUUCCCCCCAGAUGCCCGGUAGCCCCAGCAACGGCUCACAAGACAGCCUCCACUACCGCAAAGUGAAGAGUCGUCCAGUGCGCAUGCCCCCGGGGUAUCAGGCUGAGUUGGUGAUGCAGCUACAAUGGGUGGAUAGAGAGCCCCCCCAGCAGAUCACCAGCCUGGAUAUCAACUCUGCCUAUGGCCUUCUAGCGUUUGGGAGCUGCAAUGGUCUAGUGGUGGUGGACUACAUUCAGAAGACCAUCCUGAUGUGUGUGAGCACGUUGGACCUGUACGGAGCCGCUGACCCCUACCAACGUCUCACACGCUCCCCACGCAAAAACAGACAGUCCACCUCAGGCCUAACGGAACUGUCCGACAACCAGGUGUCCAUGGACAUGGAGAGAAGCAAGUCACCCACCUCAG